CGAAACUUCAAAAUGUCAUACUUUCAAGUUACAAUGUCUAACUCUAAAUUCAAAUGUCAGUUUUCAAUGUUAUUGUCGCGUGAUACGGAAGAGAAAAAACUCGUAAUAUCCAAAUAUGAGGCUUAUAAACAAUCAUCAUCUCUUUCUUUACAAAUUACACACAUUAUAUAAGCACAAAGUGUGACGGAAUCAGCUAGCUAAAACCAUAACCUCUUAUAAUACAUCAUUAAUUAACAGGAAAAUAAGUCGUAUUAUUUUAUUAGAAGUAAAAUGUGCAUAAGAUGAUAAAUAUUAGCCACAAACUUUACUCUCUACACGCUAAAAUGUUUAAACCCAAGAUUUUCCGCCUUCCAGUAAUAGUUAGAAGUCAGAACCAUCUUAUAAGACCUUGUACCACGACGUCCCAAACAGUAGACGAUGAAAAAGCGCGCGAAUUAGAAAGAAUUGCUAAAGAAGCUUCAAUAGAUGAGCCACCAACAAGUUGUUGCCAAUCCGGAUGCGCAAAUUGUGUGUACAUAGCAUGGGCUGAAGCCCUCUCGGCCAAGAUACAAAAUGUUGGUCCAGAAGUCAGUGACAAAAUAUUAGAAAUGGUACAAGACCCAUCUAUGAAAGCUUACCUUGAAAUGGAAUUAAGGAUAAGAGGGUUAAGAAAAUGAGUUUGU